AUGGCUGGCCUCGGCCCCAUUGACCUGUCCAUGGCAAAUGGCGCCGCUGAAAAGAAGCGGGUUGCCUACUUUUACGAUUCGGAUGUAGGUAAUUAUGCCUAUGUCGCUGGUCAUCCCAUGAAGCCUCAUCGCAUCCGAAUGACACACAGCUUGGUCAUGAACUAUAGCUUGUAUAAGAAAAUGGAAAUAUAUCGUGCCAAACCAGCAACCAAGCUGGAAAUGACCCAGUUUCAUACAGAUGAAUACAUUGACUUUUUGUCAAAGGUGACGCCAGAUAAUAUGGAUGCAUUUCAAAAAGAACAACAACGAUAUAAUGUUGGUGACGAUUGCCCUGUUUUUGAUGGACUCUUUGAGUUCUGCGGUAUUAGUGCAGGUGGCUCCAUGGAAGGCGCUGCACGACUCAACAGGGGUAAAUGUGAUAUUGCUGUGAACUGGGCUGGUGGUUUGCAUCAUGCAAAGAAAAGUGAAGCAAGUGGGUUCUGCUAUGUGAAUGACAUUGUUCUUGGAAUUCUUGAGCUGCUUCGUUUUAAGCAACGCGUUCUCUAUAUUGAUAUUGACGUGCAUCAUGGUGAUGGCGUUGAAGAAGCCUUCUACACUACUGACCGAGUCAUGACUGUUUCGUUCCAUAAGUACGGUGAGUACUUUCCCGGUACCGGUGAGCUCCGGGAUAUUGGUGUCGGUGCCGGCAGAUAUUACGCAGUAAACGUCCCGCUUCGCGAUGGCAUUGAUGAUGUCGCCUACAAAGGGAUCUUUGAACCCGUUAUCAAAAGUGUUAUGGAAUGGUAUCGCCCUGAGGCUGUUGUACUUCAAUGCGGUGGAGAUAGCUUAUCUGGUGAUCGUCUUGGCUGUUUCAACCUAAGUAUGAGAGGUCAUGCCAAUUGCGUGAAGUAUGUCAAAGGAUUUGGCCUUCCAACAAUGAUUCUAGGUGGCGGUGGGUAUACAAUGAGGAACGUUGCGCGCACCUGGGCAUUUGAGACUGGACUGUUGGUUGGUGACCAGCUACCUACAGAGCUACCGUACAAUGAUUAUUAUGAAUAUUUUUCACCUGAUUAUGAGCUGGAUGUUCGACCCUCGAAUAUGGACAAUAACAACUCCAGGGAAUAUAUUGACAGAAUUCGAACACAGGUCAUCGAGAAUCUCAAGCGUUCUGCCCAUGCCCCCUCUGUCCAAAUGACUGACGUUCCACGUGAUCCUUUACUUGAUGGGAUGGAUGACGAAGCCGAUGCUAUUCUUGACGAUUUAGAUGAAGACGAAAACAAAGACAAGCGAUAUAGUAAGCGAAGAUUUGAUCAAUAUAUCGAGAAAGACGGAGAGCUUAGCGAAAGUGAGGAUGAAGAAAUGGCUGCCGAAAUUGGGGUUCGUCGUCAACCUAACGGCACGAAAAGACGGAAUCAGAUUGAUUAUCGAAACUUAGAGUCAGAGUCCGGGCUAAACAGCGGGAUAGGUACUCCUCAUGAAGCAUCUUCUAUAGCAGACGAGGACGUUGUGGCCGAUGAAAAGAACGAAGAUGCUCUAGAUGCCGAUAUGCAAGACAAGCGGUCACCAACACCGACGGUGGAACCGUCUACUCGCCCUGGAUCAAGAAUUGGGACCGAAGAGCCCUCUCUUGAGCCCACUGUCCCUGCCACUGAAGAAAGAGCAUUGGGCCCGUCUCCUCCCAUCUCACCUGGAGAGUCUACGCGACCUGAUCCCGACGAGGAUACGGUAAUGGAGGAUGCUGCCCCAGAGGAGGAGGAGCCAUUAGAGCUUCAAGCGGUCAACGAAGCCCCGUCAGCUACACCGCGAAAAUCGCCAGAGCCUGAAACCGAGCCUGCACGCGAACCCGAGCCCCUACCUUCUGUUCCAUCGACUACUACUCCACCAGCUGAACCCGAGGAAACAUCUACGGCGGGACAGUAG